AUCCAAGACGAUUAAUUUGCUUCAUCUACAAUGAUGGCCAGCAUUAACGGCUUCACGAUAAAGAUAGCAAUUUUAACCAUUUUUUGUUUUAUGCAAUGUAAAGCUUACGUUUACCUUUUACCGAAUGCAACCAACCCAGACUAUCCAGGUGAAUGUUACGAUCCAGAAAGUGGAAUACGUGUCCCUAUUGGAAAAGCCCAGUUCAAUGGCAAAUGUGAACGUUUGGAUUGCGAUGCCGAUUUCUCUUUAAUGUUCAGCGGCUGUGGUGUGAUCGCCCCGCCAAAGGGAUGUACCUUGAGUUUGGUAGAUUACAGCAAACAGUAUCCGGACUGCUGCCCACAACCCGUUUGUGACAUUUCUAAGCUUUGUUCUCUGCACUACAGCAACGGCAAUGGGCCCCGAUAUCCGGGAAAGCGUUGAAAUAAUUAAGUUUCUACCGUUUUCAAAAAUAAAGAAUAAUUCAAAAUAAAUAAAA